CCGUGCCGCGGCGGGAUGUGGGCGGCGGCGCGGGGCCUGGCGCGGGCCGCGCUGCGGGCGCCCGGUGCCGCCGGCGCUCGGACGCUGAGGCCUGAGGCGUGGCCGUUCCGCCCGGCGGCUGGUGCGGGCCCGGCGGCGCCGCAGGCCCGGCAGACGGGGAGCUCCGCCGCGGAGACGCGCCCUACUGUCAGACCAAAAAAUGAAGUAGAACAGAAGCAGCUAUGUGCUUUUGGGGAGUAUGUGGCUGAGAUCAUGCCCAAGUACAUCCAGCAAGUGCAGGUGACAUGUUUCAACGAGCUGGAGCUGUUGAUCCACCCGGAUGGGAUCAUUCCUGUCCUGACCUUCCUGCGGGAUCACACCAACGCCCAGUUCAAGUCCCUGGCUGACCUGACGGCUGUGGAUGUCCCGACUCGGCAGUUCCGCUUUGAGAUCGUGUACAACCUCCUGUCGCUGCGGUUCAACAGCCGGAUCCGUGUGAAGACCUACACGGACGAGCUGACGCCGCUGGACUCGGCCGUGUCUGUGCACAAGGCAGCAAACUGGUAUGAAAGGGAGGUUUGGGACAUGUAUGGUGUUUUCUUUGCCAACCACCCCGAUCUAAGGCGAAUCCUCACAGACUAUGGGUUUGAGGGCCACCCUUUCCGCAAGGACUUUCCACUCUCUGGUUAUGUGGAGGUGCGGUAUGACGAUGAAGUCAAGCGGGUGGUGGCAGAGCCUGUGGAGCUCUCGCAGGAGUUUCGCAAGUUUGACCUCAACAGCCCCUGGGAGGCAUUUCCUGCCUAUCGUGCAGCUCCAGAACCCCUGAAAAUAGAAGCAGGAGCCAAGAAGGAAGAUGCAAAAUAGCAGAGGAAUGGAGUGGGUGGGUGGCACUGGCCUGUCUGUUCUAACACAGUAUUUAUGGUAAUAAAAGUCAAUCCGAGA